AUGUCCCCGUGUCCCCCAGCCGAGUCCCCCUGUGCUCGGGUUCCCCAGCCGAGUCCCCCAGCUGUGUCCCCAUGUCCCCGUGUCCCCCAGCCCGUUCCUGGGGCGGCCGCCUCCCCCGGCGGGGACGAGUGUCUGGAGGAGGAUGAGGAUGAGCUGGAGCCGGGGCUGGACGAGGCGGAGGCCGAGCCGGAGGUCGGGAGCGGCGCGAAGGCGGCGGGGGGGCCCCGGGGCGCCGUUCUGACCCGCAGAGGGAUCACGCUGAGGGUCCUGCUCCGAGACGGGCUCCUGGAGCCGGGCAGGGGCGUUCUGUCCAUCUACUACCUGGGCAAGAAGUUCGUGGGGGACCUGGGCUCGGACGGGACGAUCACCUGGCAGGAGACGGGGCAAGUGUUCAACUCGCCGAGCGCUUGGGCCACGCACUGCAAGCGCCUGGUGAACCCCGCCAAGAAGUCGGGCUGCGGCUGGGCGUCCGUGCGCUACAAGGGCCAGAAGCUGGACCAGUACAAAGCCGCGUGGCUGCGCAAGCACCAGCCCAACGUGCCACCCCCCGAGGAGAGCUUGGCCAGCGAGGGCGAGGAGGAGGAGCUGCCCGAGGAGGAGGAGGAGGAGGCGGCGAGGGAGGGUCGGGUGCCGCUGCCGGAGCCGGCGGCUCCCAAAAAGCCGGAGGAGAGGAGCAAGAAGCAGCAGGGCAAGAGCCUGGCGGAGCCGGCGGGGACGGAUCCCGGCAGCGCAGGGAAACGGCUGGAGGUGAAACCCCGGGUGCCCGUCCGCUACUGCACCCUGGGCACCCGCGACUCGGCCAGGAACCCCCAGACCCUGGUGGAGGUGACGUCCUUUGCCGCCAUCAACAAAUUCCAGCCCUUCAACGUGGCCAUCUCCAGCAACGUCCUCCUGCUCCUGGAUUUCCACAGCCACCUGACGCGGAGUGAAGUGGUGGGGUACCUGGGGGGGCGGUGGGACACCAACACGCAGUGUAGGUGGGGAUUGGGGGGGGGGGGGGGGGGGGGGGGCCAGAGCCUGUUCCUGCGGGGGCUGUCGCUGGUGGGGUGGUACCACAGCCACCCCUUCGGGCCCGCGCUGCCGUCCCUGCACGACAUCGACGCGCAGAUGGAUUAUCAGCUCAAGCUGCAGGGCAGCGGCAACGCCUUCCAGCCCUGCCUGGGGCUCAUCUGCGGGCCCUUCUACCACGGCAACCCCGGCGCGGAGUCCAAAAUCGCUCCCUUCUGGGUGAUGCCACCGCCAGAGCAACGCCCCAAUGACUACGGGAUCCCCAUGGAUGUGGAGGUCACCUACAUCCAGGACGGAUUCCUCACCAACGACGUCGUGCAGGAGAUGACGCUGCUGGUGGAGUUCUACAAGGGGGCCCCUGACCUGGUGAAGUUCCAGGAGCUGUGGAGUCAGGAUCAGACCUACCUGGACAAGCUGAAGGGCUCGCUGGCCUCCCGCACCCCCAAAGACCAGAGCUUCACCCACGUCCUGGAGCAGAUCUUCAGCCUCCUCAAGCUCAGCGGGUGAGGCCCGGGGCCGCGGCUCGGCGCAGGAGGAUCCCGCAGCCCGGGCGGGGCUCCCGGAGCUGCCCCGGCCCCG